AACCACGCGCAUGCGCCUUACCGCUUCUUUUGGAGCAGCAAUGGCGUCCUCCUUAGCGGUGUGCAGGUUACACAUGAAAGGAAGGGGCAGCCUGGUGAAAUACCUACGGAAGGUCGAUUCAUAUCUACACAGGACUAUUGGAACAAAUGUGUUUAGUGCACAAGAAGAAAGGGAGGGAUGCAAAUCUUUUCAUGCUGCUCAGGCGGAAAGACAGGAACAGGCAGAGAGAUCUGUCCUCAUAAGCUGCCACACCAGAACUAAUGAGAAGAAGUUCCUCAAGUAUUUAUCAAUGCAUGGAGAUGUCAAUAAAUACUUCUUUUAUGAAAGCUACGGUAUACUGUAUGCUGUGGUGGAAUUUGCCAACCGGGAAAGUCUGCCCUCAUUAUUUGAGGAGGCUGCCAUCCCCAUCGUCAGCCACGAGCCCAUGGUGCCUUUUAAAUCAAGACUACUGUCGCUGAGACACGUUGGCUCAGCGGACCCCCCUAACCAGCAAUCGGGUCAAAGGUGCCAAUCACAAACGACCAUCCCCAUCAACGAGCUCAUACAGAGACUGUCCAAAGAGGAAAGUAUAGAGCAACAGAUGACCUCUCUAACAGAUGUCUAUCAGGUAACUGAGGAGAACAGCCGUCUUCGUUUCCUCGUCUGCUCUCUGCUCAAGGACAUCGCUGCUGCUUAUUUCCCAGAAUGCACCAUCAAGCCGUUUGGCUCGUCAGUGAAUGGCUUUGGAAAGCUAGGAUGUGACCUGGACAUGUUUCUGGACUUGGAUGGCAUCAGUGGGAGAAAUGCAAAGAUGCCCAAGUCCGGCUUCUUGCUGGAGUACCAGAUGAAGCAGACCAACUCUGAGCGGGCUGUCACCCAGAGUAUCCUUUCGGUCAUCGGGGACUGCGUGGACCAGUUUGGGCCUGGUUGCGUUGGGGUGCAGAAGAUUCUCAACGCGCGCUGCCCCCUGGUCCGUUUCGCCCACCAGCCCUCUGGUUUUCAGUGUGACCUCACGGCCAACAACAGGGUGGCGAUGAAGAGCACAGAGCUGCUCUACCUAUACGGAGAGCUGGAUCCGCGCGUGCGUCAUCUGGUAUUCACCGUGCGCUGUUGGGCCCGAGCUCACGGUAUCACCAGCAGCAUCCCCGGGGCCUGGAUCACCAACUUCUCCCUCACUGUCAUGGUGCUGUUCUUCCUGCAGGGCAGGAGCCCUUCUGUCAUUCCUACGCUGGACCACCUCAGGGACCUUGCAGGUCCUGCAGACAAGAGCUUCAUUGAGGGAAACGACUGCACGUUUGUCAACGACUUUGGGAAGAUCCACCUGCAGAACAACUCCGAAACACUGGAGAAACUGCUGUGUGAAUUCUUUGAGUUCUACGCCACCUUUCCAUUCAACAAGAUGUCAAUAAGUAUCCGACAAGGAAAAGAGCUGAACAAGCCAGAGGUGGCCCCGCUGCACAUCCAGAACCCGUUCGAAACAACCCUAAACGUCAGCAAGAAUGUCAACGCCACACAGCUGGACCGCUUUGUGGCGUUGUGUAAGGAGAGCUCCUGGAUCCUCCAGAAGACUGAAGCCAGCAAACCAGGAAGUUGCAAUGGGGAAAAGGCCGUCGCCCCGUGGGGACUCGCUAGCCUCCUCGUGCCCUUGCAGGUUGCAGUUACCAAAGGCCGCAAGAAAAGGAGACCGGAGCCGGCCAGUGAGCGGAUCAAGAGCUUGCUAGCAUCCUUGAAGAAUCCUAAUCAACAGAAGAAAAGCUAAGACUCCUGCGAGAUCUCAGCAAUUAGGCUGCAUCCUCUCACUCUCAGUUGAACUCAUGGUGUUAUGUUGGGGCCUUCCCAAGGAGCAGUCUCUGCUGGUAAAUGUAUCUGCUGGAAUAUAGUUCCAACCAUGGUGUGUGCAUAUGUUUGGGACCUGGAGUAAUGGAUUAUUGUGUACUUUAUUAAGGACUUGCUACUCUGUUGUAAUUAAAAACACUCGACUCCUUCCUGUGGCUCUUAAGAAGCUCAGACUGAGACUGUCGCAUGUUAAUGUUUCAAGAUAUGUUUAGCAAGCAAGCCAGUUUCCAUCUGCUGUCCUCGGCCAGAUGUUUUAAGGCAGUGUUUCCCAACUGGUGGGUCCCGACCCACUAGUGGGUCGCGGACCCGUUUGUAGUGGGUCAACUUUGUAUGUGAAAAGAUACAUACAAAGUCUUGAUUUAUUUUCGAGAUUAACCCUCCUGUGACCUUCAAAUU